AAAGCCAAUUCAAGACCUAAUCUCUACAACUAAUUUUUAUUUUUAUUUUACAAAAUGGUUAAACACUUCUCAAUUUUAACUUUAGCUCUGUUGAUGACUUUCGUGAUCUUUUGUGAAUCAAAAACACAUGUUCGAAAAUGCCCUGGGGAUCUUCCGUUUCCGUUAAAUGUUCAAAUCGAUGAUUGUGAAGAAAUGCCUUGUUCUGUAACUAAAGGGACAACCACACACAUGGAAAUUCAGUUUGUUGCAUUAAAAGAUGAAACGUAUCAAAUUGAAACGGACAUUCUUGUUACAGUUCUAGGCAUCAAGAUUCCAUAUGAGUUGCCUUCGGGGAAUGGCAAUGUUUGUAAAAAUCUUAUGUUCGAAGCUAAUUGUCCACUUUAUGCAGAAGAAGAUGUUACUUUUAAGCUUGAAUUUCCAAUUGAUAAUAAUUUUGUAGAAACAAAUGUAAAAGCUGAGGUUAAACUUAAGGAUGUGGAAGAUGAUGUUGUAGCUUGUUAUAUUGUUGAUAUGAAAGUUAGUAAAUAAUUUUUUAAAUACCAGAAAUGUAUAAAUAUUGAUACGUAGUGUAGUUUAACUACAUGAUA